AUGCUGCACAUCUGGGACUACCACCGGGAGGCGCCAGAGGUGCUGGUGGUGCCAGCGGACUCGGUCAUCCUCUCUGUCGCGUUCUGCCCGCCCCGGCACGGCGUCUUCGACGGGAGCAUCCGCCUGGUCAUCGUGCUCUGCACGCGGCUGACGGUCAGUCUCGUGGGCCUCUGCCAUGCGGGGCCUGGGGCGCUGCGGGGGGCGGCGCCGGGCGGCCCGCUGAGCGCCGGCCUCCUCGCGGCCCCGCCGCCCGCACACCAGCAGGGCCUGGGCCUCCGCCCGGUGCCGCUGGAGGGGUACAGCUGCCGCACCGACGGCGCUCUGUUCCACCGGGUGCGGUAUACAGAGGACGGCCACGUCCUCCUGGCAUGCGGGGCGCCUCAGGUCUACGAGCUCGCAUACUCCCGAAACCCUGGCUGGUUCCACUCGAAAUGCCGGCUGAUCCGCCACUCGAACGGCCUCCGUGCCCGCGUCCGCGACUUCCUGUCCAUCUCUGCCGCCGCUGCGCCGGGUCGCAUCCGGCUCCUCGAGUGCGCCCCGAGCAACUUCGCGGCCACCGUGGACGAUUGCAACACGCUGCGCCUGCUUGGCCUCCGGGACCAGGCCGUGAACCGGGCCGAGAGCGUGGCGCUGCUGGAGGAGCUGGCCGUGCUGACCGCGCCAGCGCUGGCCGAGAGGGCGCUCGCGGUGGCCCGCGUGCACCUGGCGUCGCACGUCGUCACGCACGUCUUCCUGGCCAUGGGCUCUGACGGCCACCUUCGUGCGCGCGUGGUCACCGCCGCCAGGGAGAGGCUGCUGUUCAUCUGCUCCGCCUCCUCUGCCGCAGGGCCGCCGACGGGCGGUUCGGACGCGUCCGCGGGCGCGGCCGCGCCGGCCGGGAGGCGCUGCUUCGGGUUCUGGUUGCAGCACGUGUCGCAGGCGCACUUCGGGGCACCCCCGGCGAGCUCCUGGGGCGCCUCGCGGGGUACGGCCGCGGCGCCGGGGCAGCGGAGGUCCUCUUGCCUGGAGGAGGCGUUCGAGCCGUGCCUGUACUCGGCCGGCGUGUGGGUCGCGGGGGCGCAGCGGCCGGGGGGCGCUGCGUCGGAGGUGGGGGUCACCGCGCGCCUAGAGGAGUGCGGGGGCGCGGCGGGCGCACGCACGCUGCAGACCACCAUGACGCUGGACGCCCAGGUUUUGGACAUCGCAGAAGAAGGGAGCAGCGCCGGCCUCCUCCGCACACCCCUUCCGGCGCUGCCUCCCGUCGAUCCCGGGGGCGCGCCAGGAGCGCGCUCCAGGUCCUUCGCGCUGCUGAUGCAGAACGGCGUGCAGGUGCUCCGCGUGUCCCCCAAGGCCCUCGCGCCGGGACGCCCUCCCGCCACCGCCGCGGAGUGCUGCGCGCACCUGGCACGGCUGCCGACGUUGCCCUCGGCGCCGUCGCCCGGGCCCGGAGACGCGGCCGGUGGCAGCAGCUGGGCCUGGAGCUUCGACGACGUGCGUGCACCCACUCUCGGGGAGCACGCGGCCCUGCCGAAGCCCGCCUUGGGCCGCUGGCUCCACGGGCUGCUCCGGUUCCUCGGUGCAACGCUGCAGCCGCUGUGGGGCGCGCCUCUGGUCGUGCCGGUGCGGGGCAGAGUAGGCAGCAGCCAGGGGGAGGAGUUGCGCAUCGCGCUGAGCGAAGAGGUCAUCUAUGGCGUCCUCAGGCAGCUGCACCCGGUGCUGCUCUUCGCCAGGCAGGGCCUGGCGCGCGAGGGCGGCGGCGCGGCCGCGGCGGCGAGGCAGCCGCCGCCCUCGGGCGCCCAGCGCGCCCGGGCCUACUGCUUCGAGCGCACGGGCGACGACGAGGCCGUGGCGCGGGCGCGGGGCGCCCUGGAGGAGGUGCUGGCCGUGGAGAGGGCGCGGGAGGCGCUGGCGCUGCUGAGGGCGCUGCACUCGCAGAGGAGCGCCUUCCGCGUGCUGCAGAGCGGGGCGCUCGACGGCGGCGCGCGCGAGCGGCUCGCCGACACGCCCCUGCGGGAGCUCGUGGGCAGCGACGGGGCCAUGGAGCCGGUGGUGAAGCUCUGCACUGCCACCGUGGCAGAGAGCGGCCUUGCCACGCCGGCGCCAGAGGCAGCCCCCGGCAUCGCAGGCCGGCCCACGAGGCGCACCAGCGACGGGGCCGACGUGGGCCGCGGGGCCGCUAGGGCCCUGUGCCGCGAGCUAGAGGAGCAGUGCCCUGUCCUCUUCAAGAGGGUCGACGUCGCAUACCUGAGGGGCCGCCUGGGCGUCACCGAGGUGCACGGGGCCAGCACCGCCGGCGAGCUGCUGCGUUGCUGCGUGCAGGCGGUGGCGCCCGCCCCGGCGCCGGACCCCACGGCCGCGCUGGCGUGCAGCCUGCAGACGAUGGCGGCCGAGGACCCGGCGGUGCUCGCGCAGGACGUCCGCGCCACCGCCGCCGCGGACCCGUGGGGCGCGGUGCAGAGUUGCGCGGAGAGGCUGCAGCAGCUCCAGCAGGGCGCGGCCAGCAGGGGCGGAGAGGCGUUCGGCGCCCAGGCGCGCGCACUGCUCGAGGCGCUGCUGGGCGCCAUCUGCGCCGCGCCGCAGCUCUACCAGCCGAAGGGGGGCGUGGCCGAUGCGGCCUCCAAGGCCGUCAAGCAUCUGCUGCUGAAGACCGGGUCGCUGGGCGGGGAGUCGCAGGGCGCGCUGCCCCCGGCGCACGAGGCCAUCCUCGACCACCUGCUGGCGAACCCGCAGCUGCACCGCGUUCUGCAGCAGGUCCUGGAGAGCACCGCCGUGGACGUGCAGGGCUUCCUGCGCAGCCGGCUCGCGGUCGGCAGCCGAGCGGCGGGCGAGAUCCUGGCCAGGCACCACCAGGCGCAGGGACGCCCCGCGGAUGCCAGCGAGGUCCUCGCACAGCUGGCGGGCCGGCAGGACCCCGCGACCACUCUCGAGGAGCGCGCCCGCCUGCUGCAGCAGGCCCUCGCGGCCGCGCAGCAGGCUGCACCGAGCUCCAAGACCGUGGUGGACCGGCUGUCGGCGCAGCUGAACCUGGCCGUGCGCGUGCAGAUGCCCCUCCAUAGUGAGAUGCUGCUCCUUGCCCGCGACGACCGCGUGGAGUCCCAGUGGCGAGAAGCGGCGGAGAAGCGGGCCAAGGAGCUCCAGCGACUGCUGUCCCUGCAAGAGCUGUACCAGACCGUGGAGUCCUUCGGGCUCUGGCAUUUGGCGCUGCUGGUCAUCGACCUCGCUUCGGAUGUGCAGGAUCAGCUCAUGAUCUCCAACCAAUGGCUGAGGGUACUGCUCCCGCCGAACUGCCCAUACACUUCGCGCGAGCUGACGCAAGGCGUCUUUCCACUGCUCAUGUUGCGGCGCUGUACCGACUUCUUCCUCCAUGCGAGCCCGCCUGGGCAUCUGCCAACGAGCGCAGUCGCCUGUCCAGAUGACUUCCGUGUGCGGGCCUCGCGCUUGUUGGACGAGUUGGCGCGCGCCACCGAUGUGCAUGGUCCACUGUGGGAGGCGCGUCGUUUGGCCUACAUGCUCGAAUACUCCAGCUGCCUCUGGCUGCGCGCCACCGAGACCGCCGCAGUGUUGCCGGAGGCCUCCGCCGAGGACUCACGCUGCCAGACAUGGGUGGCGCUGGAGCUGCUGCCUGGACGGCCAUUCCACAUGUCCGCGGCCAGCGUCACGAAACUCUAUUCGGACAUGCUCGACCUAGCGAACUGGCUUGGCGAGUUCAAGGAUAUGCUGCCGCCCGAUCCGAACGGCUGCUGUCGGCGGCUCAGCGAGGACGAAUUGAUGUCCGUCCACCUGGGCGGAGUGCUGCUCGCCGCGGUGCGCGCCGCCUGCGGUGGCGCGCCCUCGCUGGAGCGCCUCGAGGCCGGCGCCCGCGGGGCGGCCCGUGCGGCCCUGGAGCGCCUUCGGUCCCGCCUGCCCGCGGUGCGGGGCCGCGAGGCGCUGCGGAGCGCCGCGCAGCGGCUGCUGCGGGAGGUCGAGCCGCUCGUCCAGGGCUGAGCUGCGGGCGCCGUGAGCCAGGCUUGGACCAUACGGGGGGGCGCUGGUCGUAAAGGGCGGGGAGACGCGCAGCAAAGCGCUGUAUUCGCCGCCUCGCGUUGCUGCGGAUGCGCCUCGCGCAGUAGCUGCGGCAUAAUAGGCUGGAGACGUGAUCCCAGGGCCGCGGCCCCAAACUGUUCGAACCUCUCUGCGCUCGCCUAAGAAAA